AUGCCUGACCAUCGCCAGGCGCAUAGAACCAGGCCCGUCUGUCUCCGGCUGGCAUGCGACGCGUGCUCCACGACAAAGGUGAAAUGCGACAAGGCCUGUCCCGCCUGUCAGCGCUGUGUGGACAACGGGCUGUACUGCGCCUACAGUAACCACAGUCAGAGCCAGAGCCACAACCAGAGCCAGGGCCAGAGCCAAAUCGACUGCUGGCUCUCCGUCUAUCCCCAAGAAGCGGUUUUGACGGCUGCCCUCCUUGCUGCGCCGAGAAGCCUGUCACAAGGGCCCGAUCCAAUGGGCUCGUUCUCCAUCUGCCCUGACGCCGCCGACGUCGCCGCUGGGUCGUGGGACGACCUGAACUUUGCCUUGUCCGGCGACCACUUGCACGCCUUGGAGCCGUUUGUCGUUGGUGGGGAUGGCCAUUAUCAUGAACACGAGCACAUCGACUCGCCGUGGAUGUCACAGUUGGAGGAGGAGGAGGGAAGCCCUGGGGCAAUCCUGUUCGCCGGCAUGCCUAAGCAACAGCGUCCUGAGCACGACUGCGAGAACCGGGCAUCCAACCUCCUCCGCUCCCUCCAUUACGACCCGAAUUUAUUCGCCCAAGUGAAGCAAAUAGCGGCCGCCGAUAUGCCGCUCGUGGACGGCGACGGUCCUGUGACGAUCCCGAGCGUCGACAAGAUCAUACUGGCCAGUCGCGUGGCGCUGGCCACGUUGCCGGACCUGUUUGACUGCCCCUGUUCCCGGUAUCCGCACAUGGCCCUCCUCGGUGUGGCUAUCCUGUCUAAAGUCUUGUUCUGGUACCGUGUGGCCAUCUGUGCGCCUAACACACGGCGCCAGCCCAGUGGCGCGGACGAGACAGCAGUGCUGGGGCAGCAGCAACAGCAACAGCAACAGCAGCAGCAAGAAGCAGGCUUGAAUACCUCUGGAUCCUCGGCGCCUUAAUUUGGCAGUGCUGAUGUUGGCAGAGAU